CCACCGCUUCUCCGACGCAGGCCCACGGCAGGGAGCAGCAGCAGCAGCAGCAGCCACAGCCCCGGCCGGUGCAGCAGCAUGGAGCUUUGGGGGACCUACCUGCUCCUCUGCCUCCUCUCCCUCCUGACCCAAGUCACUGCCGAGUCGCCAACCCCUAAGGUUAAGAAGGCUGCGAAUGUCAAGAAAGACGUCGUGAGCCCCAAGAUGUUUGAGGAGCUCAAGAGCCAGCUGGAGACCCUGGCCCAGGAGGUGGCCUUGCUGAAGGAGCAGCAGGCCCUGCAGACGGUCUGCCUGAAGGGCGCCAAGGUGCACAUGAAGUGUUUUCUGGCCUUCGCCCAGGCGAAGACCUUCCACGAGGCCAGCGAGGACUGCAUCUCGCGCGGGGGCACGCUGAGCACCCCGCAGACGAGCUCGGAGAACGACGCGCUGUACGAGUACCUGCGCCAGAGCCUGGAGAGCGAGGCCGAGAUCUGGCUGGGGCUCAACGACAUGGCGGCCGAGGGCGCCUGGGUGGACAUGACCGGCGGCCACAUCGCCUUCAAGAACUGGGAGACGGAGAUCACCGCGCAGCCGGACGGCGGCAAGGCCGAGAACUGCGCCGCCCUGGCCGGCGCGGCCAACGGCAAGUGGAAGGCCUGGGAGGACACCGCCCUAAAGCACUGGAGGGUUCGUGCCAUCGGGGGCACCAAAAUACAGCAGCCACUACAGAGUUCUAGAAACAUGCCUCGGAGUGACAAGUUCUGUGGUGGAAGGGGUCCCAGACCAGACGUGACGCUGAAGUCGGCCCAGUAG